AUGCCAAACCAGUUAGCUAGCUGGAUCUUAUGUCUGUUCAUACUUGCCGUCCGCGCACAGUCCGGCUGUAAACACGAUGAUUGUUAUAAUGCGCUUUUCCCAUGCGAUUCUCCGCUUGCUCUUGCAGAAGCUCUGAACUAUUGCUCAACCGUCGGGCACUAUGGCGCAACGGAUUAUCCGCCACAAGCAACGGCCGCAUGUGGUAAUACCAACAAGCGAGCCUACAUUUCGGCUUGUCAAUGUGGCGCCGUUUGUCCUUCUUUUCAACCUGUUACGGCGUUUUCUAGUACCAUUGUACCAACUCUGACGACGCUCACUACUUCCACUGUUGCUUCAGGAAGUAAUAGUCAGUCGUCACCUAGUUUUCUCACACCGGCCACGCCAGCCGUACCGACCAGUAGUAUUCUUUUGAGCAGUGCGUCCCCCUCUAGCGUAUUUGAUUCGAUGGUAUCAAGCGUCCCGGACGUUGGGCCUUCGGUCUCGCUGGGGCUAUCUUCAUCGAGAUCUACAGCAUCUGGCGGUGCUGGGGGCGACCCGUCGUCACAGGCCCCAGCCUUAAGCACACAAGCGACAGUUUCCGAUCCGGGAUCAGGACUCACCAUUUCGCUUGCCGAUUCCACUUCGACGACCACGGCUUCACUUUCUACGGCGUCGGCCUCGAAUAACCCCUUUCCCGUUUCCUUGAAUGUCUCUAACACACUGUCAAGUACACUUUCGGAAUUUUCCGUGGGGCAGUCGUCCGGAACGUUGUCGACACUCGCGUCAAAUAUUUCUCACCCGGCCACAACCUCAUUGAGUCUUACAUCAAGUAGCAGCUCGGCUAUUUGGACGAAUACAACUCGUACUUCGGGGGUGGGAUUACCUCCCUCGGCUGAUGCUAAUACGGCGUCGUCAACCUUGUUGGAUGUAACCUCGACAUCGGUAUCGUCGUCUAUUAGUACAUCUUCGUCCGGUGGCUCCGUUGGUACCAACUCGACGGUAUCGCAUAAAUCCGUGACGGGUGCCUCGAUUUCAUCGCAUGGCUCAACUUCGAUUGAUACGACGUGUACGCCGACGACGACGCCAACUUCGUCAACUCCUUGUCAUAGUUCUUCUUUAUACUUCCCCAAUUCGACAACGCACACUUUUGCUCCAAGCGUCACCGAAGAUUUCAUAUCCGCCUCGGUCUUCGGCAGUUCGUCGCGUUCAUCACUAAACCGCACAUCAAGCACUCCAUCAACUUCAACAGCCAGCGCAACCCCGUCAUGUACCAGCACAUCUAGUUCAAAGAUGAUCGAGAAUGGCGACUUCGAGCAGGGCCUGUCUCCGUGGAGUAUCGACAUGGUAGACGUCAUGUCGACGAGCUACUCAUUAGCGCGCCCCGGAGCGAACGGGUCGUGCGGCGCGUUUCAUGUGCAUAUGCGACGAAACUCACAGACGGAUGACCUGCGGGCGAACCUGCGGUUAGUUAGUCCGCUGAUCUCGCCGCCGGCCUCACCGGGUAUGUCGUGGGCCGUCUCGUUCUGGGUGCGGUUUGGAAGCGGGCGUGCCACGAACUCGUACGUCAACUUGUUUGCUAAUGGCGAGGUGGCGCACCGCGUGGAUGCCGCGGACAAGGGAGCCACAAACUGGACACGUGUAGAGUUUCCAUACACAACGGCGUCUACUGAUCAUAUGCUCCAGCUCGUCUUCUCGUUUGCGUUGGGAAACGCGCCGUCUAAUGACGUGUGGAUUGAUAAGGUAGCUAUGGAUGUGACGGCUGCCAGUUCGGUGCCGGUGGGACAAGGGUUUGCUAUCGCAGCCUCGAAGGCUAAUGCUUCUUGA